AUAGCACCUUCAGGUGCGCUCUAAAUAGAAACCGACUAUGGAAAGCGGGCUUAUUACAGUUUUAGCUUGGAAAAACUCACGACAUAGUAGAGAUGCUGCUGGUAAAACCACUAAAUUCUCACACGGUGCACACACAACAAAAAUGUAAAAUAGCGCCACGUGCGAAAACGAGCCUGCAUGCAGGGAACAGAGGUCAAGGUUUAACGCUUAGGUCUACGCAUGCGCAUGCACGGUUAAAUUUUGGCGCGAAACGCGAAGGAAAAACAAUGGAGGAGACGAAGGCCCUACAAGAAGAGAAUGGAGGAGAGGAGGGAGGUUUGGGGGCGAGAGGAGAGGCGGAGAGAGAGACGGAGGGCGGAGAUAAGGAGGCAGUCGCGGAGAGGGAGGGAGAAAACCAGGCAGGAGAAGAUGAGCUGUCACAGCCAGAAAAGCCACCAUCAUCGUCAGCCGCCAACAAUAACUCCAGAUAUCUGGAAAAUGAAGGGUCGACUGAGAAGAAGAUGAAGAAGAAGAAGCGCGACACCCAGCCAGCCUCCAGGAGAAUGACAAGAGCAGAGCGAGCUAGACUGGAGGCGCUGGCCUCCUUCGGAGGGACAGACCUGGCCUCGGUGGCCGUGAAGAAGAGAGACCUCAGGGAGGAACUGCAGAGAGACGUGAAACUUAUGGAGCAGGGAGAAAACAAGCAGAACAGGGUUAAACGUAGAUCCAGGACGCAGCAGAACUCCAGCGAUGGUGUGAAAGAUGUGCUGUUUGGUGAAAGGGCGGUGACAAGAAAGAGAAAACUUGAAGUUUCGUCAGGCGUGGUUGGCUCAGGGCCACGUGAACCGAAGACGACUCGCCGAAUGACUAAAGCUGAGAAGGCUCGGUUGGAUGCACUGCAGAGCUUCGGAGGGUGUGGUUUCAACGAUGUCCUUGCCACGUCGAAGAGGAAGAUAGCCAGAAACUUUGAGAUGAAGGCGGAGAAGGAAGGGGGAGAGGAGGAGGGAGAGGUGGAGAGUGCCGAAAAGGAGGAAGGGAGGGAGGGGUAAAUUGAUGGAAGAAAAGGACAACAGUGUUUCUACAGUUGAAACCUGAAACUCAUGAUAAAAAGGAACAUUUUCAUGUACUGCAUCCUUUAUUUAUGUUUUGCAGUCGUCACAACUUACCGAAUACCACUAUACCACUAUACUAACCUUUCAUGCUUCUAUUAUUGUUCUCUAUGGUUUUUUGCGCAUGCGCGGUUUCGAAGGUGCGAUAUAAAGGUAGGUGCGCGUACGCUGCGGCGCGGG